CUCGAUAAUCACAACAAAGGACAAUCGGAAGGCACCUAACCGGCUAGAAAUGGCCAACUAGUCGCUGCUGAAAUAACCCGACGUCAAGGAAAACGCCAUGAACUUUGCUCGCCUGGGACUCGAGCAGAUGGUGCUGCGAGGACUGCGAACUCCGCGCCAGCAGCUCCAGAAACCAUGGAUGAUGAUGAUGAUGAACCGGCGGCUGGCCAGUGGAGCCACCUCUCCUGCCGCCUCCUCUCCCGCCGAUCCGGCGCCCAAGAAACAGUCGCAGACGGCGGUGAAACCACUGCCGCUGGCCGAGGAGCGCCUGGAGUCCAUCCUCUCGCCCAUCCGCACCAGGAUCAUCCGGAAGAAGCGCCUGGCCAUCGACGAGCUGUCCGCCCUGGGCUUCCUCAACACGCGUGGCUACACGACCGCCGAGGAGUACAACCUGGAGGAUUUGCAGAUCGCCCUCCGCCAACAGAAUCUGUACGAAACGAAGCGCUUCUUUUCCACGGACAACCUGGAUGUGGAGCAGAACGUGCUCUUUGUGGCGGCCAAGUACCCGACGGGCCAGCAGCCGCGGGAGAUAUUCUUCUUCCGCGAGGGUUCGGUGGUCUUCUGGAACUGCAGCGACAUCGAGACGAACAACGUGCUGAGCUUCCUGCGCUCCUUCGAAAGGGAAUCGUAUGUCAGCGCUUUGGUGCACGGCGAGAGCGAGGUGAUGCCCUACACCUACAUCCCGUCGACGGCGGUGGAUGUGGAGGGCGAUCUGGUGGCGGAGAGCAGCGAUUUCAAUGUCACGUCGCGCGCCUUCUUCCAGAACGGCAAGUUCUUUGUGACCGCCGACACGGAUAGCUUUCUGUACAAGUACACCUUCUCCAAUGCGAUGGCCCAGUCGAUUAAGCUGGGCAUUUGGGAGGCCACCCUGGAUCGCUACAUCGACUCCAUAGAGCAUCUCACCGAGGAUCUGAAGCGGGGUCGCCGCCUGCGCAUCUCGCGGGCGGCCAUGCUGCGCAAGACCGGCGAACUCUUUGCCCUGCGCCACGUGAUCAACCUGUCGUCGGACCUUCUGGACGCCCCCGACUUCUACUGGGACCGCGAGGAGCUGGAGGCGCUCUAUCUGCAGGUCUGCUCCUACUUCAGCAUCACGCGGCGCACCAAGGUGAUGAACGAGAAGAUCAACCACUGCGUGGAGCUGGCCGAACUGGUGUCGCACAACCUCAACGACGCCCACCACAUCCGGCUGGAGUGGAUGAUCAUCAUCCUGAUCAUGGUCGAGGUGGGCUUCGAGGUGCUGCACUUCGUCAGCGAUCACGGUGAUGCUCACAAGCUCGAGGUUAUGCCAUUGGCCGCCUCAAUUCCCAAGUAGCACGUAGGCUUAGUCGAGAGUUUUUGUAAUAUAUUCGUAUUUGAGCUGAAUAUAGCAUUGUUAGCGUUUGAUACCCAACAAUUGGCACAAGCGAUUUAAAAAA